UGAAUCGCAUUUUAAAAUUAUAUAAAAUCCAAAUCUAUACUGUCUAUAGAUCUAGACUCUAGAUCUAGAUUUCUAAUAAAUAUAUAAUGAGCUAUCUAGAUCUACACGGAAUAGACAUUCUGAGACAUCACUGAACUGUGUGAAGGCAUUAAAUGUAUAUUGUUUAUUUGCAAAAUGUUUCCUUUGCUUCACCAUAAGCUCGUGACAUCAGGUUGUAUAAGAAGUUUUGUGAAAUCCAAAAGCACAAUCUCUUUUUUAUCCAAAUGCAGCAAAAAUUUAAGGGAUAAAGUUGACUCCUCGAGAGAGGUUUUAGGCAGCAGGACUUUUUUAACACACUGCCCAUUAUGGAAGAAAUCUAUGCCAGCUAGAAAACUAUCAUCACAAGCACGACAUUCCAAGAGGAAGAAUCUAAAAAUUCUUCUAACAUCACUCACAUUCACAGCAUCUGGCUUAGGACUGUAUUAUGUGUUUCUUGAUCCUAGAGAUAAAAGGAAGAUUAAAGUAUUUUGUGGUGGGAUUCAGAGAUUUUUACGUUCUCUGAUCAUUGGGGCCUUCAUUUCCUUGGACUACAAGUGGAGUUUGUACGACAUUGAUGAGGAGUCAGAAGAGUACGCCAGGUUAAUAAAGUUGUGCCAUCAGCGAGCAGCGGACAGAAUUCUGGUUGGCUGUUUGAAAAAUGGUGGACUGUAUAUAAAAUUAGGUCAAGGUCUUGUAUCCAUGAAUCACAUUCUCCCUAAAGAAUAUUUAAACACAUUGGUUGUGUUGCAAGACAAAGCACUGACACGGAGACCAGAUGAGGUUGAACAGCUAUUUUUGGAAGAUUUCGGCAUGAAACCAACAGAGAUGUUUGCAGAGUUUAAUGAGACACCAAUUGCUGCUGCCAGUUUGGCCCAGGUUCAUAGGGCUAAAACGCAUGAUGGAGACAACGUCGCAGUUAAGGUGCAGUACAUUGACUUGAGGGACAGGUUUGCUGGGGAUAUCCUGACCUGUGAGAUUCUGUUGAAACUGGUGGCCUGGGUUCACCCAAAGUUUGGGUUUUCUUGGGUUCUAAAGGAUUUAAAAGAGACAUUACGACAAGAGUUAGAUUUUGAAAAUGAAGGCAGAAAUGGAGAACGAUGUCAACGAGACUUGUCCCACUUAAAGUUUAUUUACGUUCCAAAAGUUUACUGGAACAUGACCUCAAAGCGUGUCUUGACAGCUGAAUACAUUGAUGGAGUGAAAGUCAACAACUUAGAAGGUAUCAAAAACUAUGGACUCAGUUUGCUGGAUGUUGACACAAAACUUGUGCAGUCCUUUUCUGACCAGAUUUUUUUGUCUGGAUUUGUACAUGCUGAUCCCCAUCCUGGCAAUGUAUUUAUUAGAAAAGGAGCAGACGGCAAGGUACAGUUGGUUCUCUUGGAUCAUGGACUCUACGAUACACUGAGUGGUGACCAUCGCAGGGCACUGUGCAAUCUCUAUAAAGCUAUCAUCAUGAAUGACGAGGAGGGCAUGGAUAAAAACUCUUACAAACUUGGUGUCAAAGAUUUCAGUUCUUGCAAAAAUUCUCUAAUCCUGUCUAUAAUGAUCAUGCAAAGACCAGUCAGGAUGAAGACAAGGAGAUUGUUUGAUAUCAAGCCUCCCACGAGGGAGGAGUGGCUGGUCAUGAGUAAAGAAGAGAAAGCUGUGUGGAGGGAAAAGUUUCAGGAGAUACACGAUCGUGUCUUGACUGUUAUGAAAGAAAUGCCAACUUCCCUGAUUUGGAUAUUUCGGAACUUGAACACAAUACGAGCUAUCAUAAGGGAUCAUGGAAACACAGUGGAUAGAUAUGGGAUUAUGGCCAGAAGUGCUAUCAGAGGUUCUCACUUGGAUGACCCAGCCAUCAACACAGUGACGGGGGUGGUGAAAGGCUGGUGGGCCCGCUGUGUGUAUGACUGCCGAGUGAUCAAAGAAAACCUGAAGCACAAGCUGAUGAUGUUUAUGGCCAUGAACUACCUGCGUCUGCUCAACAUGAUUGGUCGAGGCAUAUCAAUAGAGGAAAUCAAAUCUUUCACCAAGGCAGAAGAAAAAAGAUUCGAUGCUAUUUAAAACUGUGUUUCUACUGAAAAGCCACUGUGAUAGGAUGUCUUCCGUGGACACAACUGUAACAAUGCUUGGGAAUUUAAUAAUUGCAAGGCCAAGUUAAUUGUGCAUUCAUUGUGAAACCUGGCAACGGUUGUUAGGGCUUAGGGUUGCCUGACUUUACGGUGCUACAUCUUGAAAUAUUUGUCGAAUGAAUUUGUUUAAAUGUCAAAAGUAGCUGAAUUUUGGAAUCAAACCAUCAACUUUUAUGUAUAAAUAAUCUGAGACAUAUUUGAUAUUGAGGAAGCUCAUGUGGAAUGUUUGUUGAUGCUGGAUGGUGGCAUAUAAUGUGAAAUUAAUAAAACUGAGGCUGACAUCAAACUUAAUUGUGUCGUGAAUGUGUAUGUUAGUAGUUGAAAUGUAAGUUUUAGGUUAAAACUAUUUUAGACUUGUACAUUAUUCACCUUAAGUUAUACAAUUUUUGUUAAACUAAUUCACAUUUGUAAUGUAAUGUGCUAUAUUUUAUAUGAACACAGGGAAUAAAGAUUUUAUAUAUUCUA